AUGGGUAUUCUUGCUGUAUUUGCCCUACCAUUGCUUCUUCUAGGGAUCAGUGGAAUCAUUUAUAUUUACCAGACCGUCAUAUGGCUAGUCUCCAAGUCAGCAGUGCAAAACAAGGUGGUGGUGAUUACAGAUGCGAUCUCCGGACUAGGCAAGGAAUGUUCUCGAGUGUUUCAUUCAGGAGGAGCAAGGCUUGUGUUGUGUGGCAGGACAUGGGAGAAGUUGGAAGCCUUGUAUGAUGCUUUAAUUAGUGUGGCAGACCCCAGUACAACAUAUACACCAAAGCUUGUUCUUCUGGAUAUCUCAGACAUAGACUACAUUCAAGAUGCAGCUAAGGAAAUCCUGAAUUGCUAUGGUUGUGUGGAUAUACUGAUCAACAAUGCAAGUAUGAAGGUAAAAGGAGCAGUGCAGAGCAUUUCAUUGGAACUUGAUAAAAAGAUAAUGGAUGCCAACUAUUUUGGACCUAUAACAUUAACCAAAGCCAUUCUUUCCAACAUGAUUUCUAGAAGAACUGGCCAAAUAGUUUUAAUUAAUAGUAUUCAAGGAAAAAUAGGAAUCCCAUUUCGUGCAGCUUAUGCUGCUUCUAAACACGCUGCUGUAGGCUUUUUUGAUUGUCUUAGAGCAGAAAUGGAAGAAUUUGAUAUUUCUGUCAGCACUGUCAAUCCAACCUUCAUCUGUUCAUACCAUCAUCAACCAGCACCUGGCAAUUGGGAGGCAUCAAUUUGGAAAUUCUUUUUCAGAAAGGUGACUUAUGGUGUGCAUCCAGCAGAGGUGGCAGAGGAAGUCUUGCGCACCGUGAGCAGUAAGAAGCAGGAGGUGCUGAUGGCCAACCCUAUCCCCAGAGCAGCAGUUUACAUUCGCACCUUCUUCCCUGAAAUGUUUUUUGCCAUUGUUGCCUCAGGGAUUAGGGAAAAGCUGAAGACAGAACAAGAAAAUUGAUUUUAUUUUCUUCUCCCUACUUAUGACUGGAAAAAUGUUUAUGUUCGAAAUAUCAUUGAUUUCUGCUACCAGUAUGGGUGUAAUAAAACAGGAGGCUGCUACCCUGAACCUGCCAGUGUCUCAGUGACUCACUACCAUUGGCACCCCAUCAUCUGCGAGAUUUCCACUCUUCUGGAUUUAGUGAAUAUGACAAGGGAAAAUCUGAUAGGAACUCUAUCACUGUUGUAAGAGAGCAAUUCUCAAUCAAAAUGGGCAGGUCAAA